AUGCGUCUCCCUCGUAAUUCUACCCCCUUCGUUCUCCUCUUUCUCGUUGUUGUUGUUGCGCCAGCUGUAUCAGCUGAUGUAGCUAUCUUGAGAACAGAUUAUUACCAAAAAACGUGCCCCGACUUCAACAAAAUCGUGCGUGAAGCUGUCUUGACCAAGCAAGCUCAACAACCGACAACUGCCGCCGGAACACUCCGUCUCUUCUUUCACGAUUGUUUCCUUGAAGGUUGUGAUGCCUCUGUUCUGAUAGCAACCAACUCGUUUAACAAAGCGGAACGUGACGAUGAUCUUAACGACUCUCUCCCAGGAGAUGCUUUUGACAUUGUCAAUCGCAUUAAGACAGCUCUCGAGCUGUCUUGCCCUGGUGUUGUGUCAUGCGCUGAUAUUUUAGCACAGGCUACACGUGACCUUGUGACGAUGGUAGGAGGACCUUACUUCGACGUAAAGCUUGGUCGUAAAGACGGACUCGAAUCCAAAGCCCAUAAAGUCCGAGGAAACGUCCCAAUGCCUAACCAGACGGUCCAUGACAUCCACGGGAUGUUCAAGAAAAACGGGUUUAGUCUACGUGAGAUGGUAGCGUUAAGCGGAGCUCACACAAUCGGAUUUUCUCACUGCAAAGAGUUUAGUGACAGGCUCUACGGGUCAAAAGCCGAUCCCGAAAUCAACCCGCGAUUCGCAACCGCUCUGAAAGAACUAUGCAAAAACCACACCGUGGACGACACGAUCGCAGCGUUUAACGACGUGAUGACUCCGGGAAAAUUCGACAACAUGUACUUCAAGAACCUAAAACGAGGACUAGGGCUAUUAGCUUCCGACCACCUCCUUAUUAAAGAUAAUAGUACCAAACCGUUUGUUGAGCUUUACGCAACUGACGAGAAAGCAUUCUUUGAAGAUUUCGCACGUGCGAUGGAGAAACUCGGCACGGUCGGCGUUAAGGGCGAUGGAGAAGGAGAAGUAAGACGUAGGUGCGACCACUUCAACAAUCUUAACGUAUAA